UGUAAUGCUCAGUGUGUACCAAUCAAGGUACUUUGAUUACUAAUCGAACUCUUCACAUACGCAAAAUUUCGCAUGUAAGCCACCAUUGAAGCAAAGCCAUUUCAAUUCAAAGCUUAAACUCACGCCAAGGGUGAUAUCAUACGGAGGCCUCCCGACCUUGAAAAACUUAGUACUGGUCUUCUGCAGACUAGAAAUCUAAUAUAUCUCGGAUAUCUUGAUCUAGGUAACCGGGGUGGAGAAGAUGAUACUAUCUCCAAGAACCGGCCGCUAACAGCUGCCAAUAAUCUCCAUCACCUGACACAAAGUGCGCCGUUCGGCACUUUCUAAAUUGGUAUGAAAUUCGUCAAUUUUGAGUCCCAAUUGAUCCACCUUCUUUCGUCCUAUAAGAGUGCAUCGAGAGCAAUUAGACCCAUCCUUUGAUCUGGGAACGGUCGAAACGCUCCCAUGGCUCUUCAGUGUCGCGUGUCAAAUCAAUUGAGUCAAUUGGCUGCCAAAGUCUCGGGCGUCCGAUUCUAUUCAGCCCCUGUCAAUGGAAGCAUCCCGGCUUCCAAGAGGAAAUAUGUCCCGACAAGCGGCACCUAUCCGCGUGGCUUUAAGGUCUCGGGAACUAUAGUUGGCGUGAAGCCGAAGAACACCUCUAAGCCGGAUCUUGCUUUCAUCACCUCGGAUACGCCGUGUGCUGCGGCGGCCGUAUUCACCAAGAACAAGUUCCAGGCUGCGCCGGUGACUUUCAGUCGUGCGCUACUUCAGGAACAAAAGAAUUCGGGCCUUAGAGGCGUCAUCAUCAACUCAGGAUGUGCCAACGCCGUAACAGGAAAGGGUGGCCUUGAGGAUGCUGAGCGCAUGGCUAAGGAAGCAGACAAGAAUCUCGGCGCCGACAAGGCGACAAUCGUCAUGAGUACCGGCGUGAUCGGACAGAGGCUGCCUAUCCAGAAAAUCCUGGACAAUAUCCCUAAAGCUUACGAGGGACUUGGAGACACUCACAAGCACUGGCUGACUACUGCCACUGCGAUCUGCACGACGGAUACAUUCCCGAAGCUAAUCUCAAAGAUUUUCUACUUGCCCUCUUCGCCUUCAAUAGAGUAUCGCAUAGCCGGAACGACCAAAGGCGCUGGCAUGAUCCAUCCGAACAUGGCAACUCUCUUAGGUGUGAUUGCUACCGAUGCGCCUAUCUCACCUACUGUCAUCCCGCCUAUUCUGAAGUACGCCGCAGACCGGUCUUUCAACAGCAUCACCAUCGACGGGGAUACUUCCACGAAUGACACAAUCGCUCUACUUGCAAAUGGAGCUGCAGGAGGUCAAGGCGUAACAUCAGAGGAUUCUGCCGACUUCCAAGCAUUCCGAGAUAUCGUCACCGAAUUCGCCAUCGAUCUCGCUAAGCUCGUAGUGCGGGACGGCGAAGGCGCUACAAAAUUCGUAACCAUCCGCGUAACCGAGUCUUCAAGCGAAGAAGGCGCUCGGAAGAUCGCCAGCACCAUCGCGCGUUCCCCUCUGGUCAAAACCGCACUAUACGGCAAAGACGCCAACUGGGGCCGGAUUCUCUGCGCCACGGGCUACUCGUUGAUCAGCGAGCCCGGAAACCCCGUGAACGAAGUGGUGGAGAUCGUGCCUGAGAAGACGAACGUGUCUUUCGUCCCUACGGACGGCAGCCCUGAACUAAAGUUGCUAGUUAAUGGAGAGCCCGAGGUCGUUGACGAGGCCCGCGCUGGUCAGAUUCUUGAGCAUGAGGACCUUGAGAUCCGCGUCAGACUUGGAACCGGCGAUAAGGAGGCUACGUACUGGACUUGCGAUUACAGCCACGAGUACAUAACGAUCAAUGGCGAUUAUCGCACCUAGUUGUAGAAACUGCAGCGCCUUUAGUGCUUGACUCGAUGGGGAAUAGGAAAUAGCAAUAGCAAUGUGGGUGAAUGGCCUGGAUAUGGCAUGGCUAUGAACUGAAGGACGAUUUACUUUGUUUGUCAUGAUAGAUCUCGAGUUCGCAGCUCCAUGAAUUCAUGGUAUAUGCGCGUCUCCUCGCCCUAGAGCCACAAAAGUGAAAAGCUAUAAUUCGGAAAUGAAUCGAAAUAGAAGAAUCUUAAAAUCGUAAACGUCAUAUUCGAAUACCGUCCACAGGGGAAAAGGGGAUGGAUUGGUCAAAGGAAAGCUUACGUAAACAGAGUUUAUUAUGUAAACAAUAAGUAGAUGCUUA